AUUACUCUACUCUAUGGUUUUGACUUUUGAGGUUAUAGAUUCCUAUUUUGUUUGUUGAUAUUGUUAAAAUUUCUAUUAAAUUAAGUUUUUGAAUUAAUAAUCCGAAUAAAAUAUGGCUAAACAUCAUCCAGAUCUUAUUUUCUGCAGAAAACAACCUGGCGUUGCUAUCGGUCGUUUAUGUGAGAAAUGCGAUGGUAAAUGUGUAAUUUGCGACUCGUACGUGCGGCCUUGCACACUGGUCCGUAUAUGCGACGAAUGUAACUACGGCUCAUAUCAAGGAAGGUGCGUGAUUUGCGGAGGUCCCGGCGUCUCGGACGCUUACUAUUGUAAAGAAUGUACUAUACAAGAGAAAGAUAGAGAUGGAUGCCCAAAGAUUGUCAAUUUGGGAAGCUCAAAGACAGAUCUGUUUUACGAGAGAAAGAAAUAUGGGUUUAGGAGGCACUAGCAGUAACUUAUUUACUAAUUUACUAACAAUAAAAUUAUAAGACUUUGGGACUCUGUGUUCUCUGGUUUAUAAGUGUAAUUGUUUGAAGUGAGUGUAACAGUUUGGUAUAUUUUAAUAGUUCUUUGGAAAAAUGUAGUUCUGUGUUUAAUAGUGAGAUAAAGAAAUUUCUUGGGUGUACAGUGUACAUGAAAUUUUAAUGAUCUAAAUUGACUUCCGUUUUAAUUGUCUCAGUGUUACUUUAAGUUAAAAAACAUUAAACAUGUGAAAGUGUGACAUGUUUUGGUGAAUUUUCAUUCAUACUGCAGAAAAUUAGUUUGAUGAAUUGUCAAACAAGUGACUCUUCCAUAAAUUAUAUGACAAACUCAGUUUGAUAUGUAUUAUGGAAAACAGAGUUUUCUACUUGUUUUAAAGUGAAUGUUUAGUCAGUGUAAACUCACAUUAAUAAUUUUGAGUUCUAUAAUCUUGAUUGUAUAUUGACCAUAAAAUUUCUUUCCACCCUUGGUGACGUUUUGAUUUACUGCAACUUGU